AUGAAUCUCGAUAGUGCAGCUGACUUUUGUCCACAAUGCCAUUUCAUGCUAGAACUCCCAGAAGUCAUGGAUAUAAUUGAGUGCAAUCGUUGUGGAUAUAAGGUAUCCAAUCCACCCUAUCAACCAAGUGCUCCAUUACUGAUUAUCAACCUAAAUACAUCAUCUCAACCAUCAAAAUGGAACCAAAGUCCUGGCUAUCCAAUCAACAAGACUCUAAAUUAUCUGAUCAAUCACACAGAGCUGUUAUUCAACAAGCCUGUCCUAAAUGCAGUCAUGAGGAAGCCUACUUUUCAACAGCACAAUUGAGAUCAGCAGAUGAAGGAUCCACUGUAUUCUAUGAAUGCGUUAAAUGCCAGUUCCGCUAUCAAUUAAAUAAUUGA